AUCCGUCAGAAAUGACGCAUGAAUGGAGUGCGUGUACUUCUAUGGGUUGAAUUCGUUUCCCAAAGACAAUAUAGCGUUGCCUAAACCCAAUAAACUCGUAAAUAUCAGUAUCUGCAGCAUAAAACUAUAUCUGUAUCGAGGAUGGCGCCAGAACUGUUUGUAAAUAAUAUUUGACAGACGAUAAGGAUUCGGUAAUCAUUUUAAAGCAUUCUGGACGUGAGAAACACCCAUCAUAUAACGUUUGGGAAAAAUGUGUAAACCAAUUCGCUAGUUACAAAAGUGCACCAACUGAAAUGGACUCCAAACCUGACGUUAUGGCAAACAAGAGAAAGGAAAGCAAAUCAUUUUUUGUUAGGAGUAAAAUAGGGGGUUCCACUACGACAUGUGAACCGGAUUCCCGGAUAGACACGUGCGCCACGGAAUUCGCAAAUUGUUCUUCAACAAACGCAAGUACGGAAGGCAGUGUUCUCCAGUCACAGAAUUUACCUAAUUCAGGAAGCAAGCGACAAAAAACUUCUUCGAAGAAAGACCUCAAGAAGAGGGCUUUGAUUGAAGAGAUGAAACUGAAGGCGCAUUCCAUGAAAAGGCAACUUGAGGAAGUAGAAAAACGCAGUACCUACUUGAAAAAAAUUCAAGAUCUGGAAAACGAGCUUGCGUAUCUUAGUAACGAAGAGGCGAAGCGUAUGGUAACAAUUGGAAAUGAAGGUCACUUCCUUCCCAAGCCGCCAAUUUAUUCUUCCAAAGCACCUCACCUAGUCAUCUCCAAUGCCUCUACUAGCGAAGAGUGUGAGUUAGACCAAGUGAAACGUUUCUGCAAUCGAAUUCGGACCGGUGAACUGAAACGCAGUGCAUGCAAUGAGGGAUCACGUAUUCGAGGGGGCGCAGGAUGCAGAACAUGUGCUAUUGGAACGGCACCUGUGUUCGACUUUGAAAACAACAACUUUCAGCAAUAUCCUCAUACCCUGGACAAUAUUCUGCCAUACAAUGUCAACAAUCCAAUGCAGCCCAGCUCUCAUAUCGAUGAUCUUAAGCAAAUUGCUAACGAGCUCCUGGCUGAAAUCACAAAAGUCCGUAAGCAGAAUGCACUAAAUCGCAAGAAAAUUAUUGACCUCUGUGUUGAGUUGAAGCAAAAAGAGGCUGCAAUCAUGGAGUGUUCUGAACUGCUCUGCGUAAUCAUGAACGAAGGCAGUGAUAUCGGAAAGAUUAUCGAAGAGGUACAAAGUGGACAAUUGGAGAAACACAUCGAGUACCUCCGCUGGAUGCUGAUUCGCUUGCAGUUCGAAAAUGCAGCUCAGAAGGAUGAAAUCAACUCCCUCAGUACCGAGAACAAGCUCAAACAGCAAACCUUGGAUGAGUGCCUCGAUGCCAAGAACCGUAUAUGUGCUGAAAAGAAACAGCAAGAAGAUGCCCUCCUCACAAUGACGUCCUUAGGACCGUGUGAAAUUCCUUUGGCCCAUGAAGUAGACACUAGGGAACUCAGAAAUCCUUAAUGCUGACGUUCCUCUUUUUUGUCCUAACAUAGAGGGUUUACCUUUAAUUCAGUGCUUUGUAAAUAGUUCUUUUACUUUCCGCUUGAUGAAUUCGUAUAUUUGACUUGAUCGAUUUUUACAAAUAAAUAAUCUAAAAUAAA